GUGGACUGCGUCGUCUGCGCCGCGGGCACCUACAGCGCCGGCGACGCGAACUCGGAGUGCGCGCCGUGCGCCGCCGGGCGCGCGUCGUCCGCGGGCGCGUCGGCCUGCGACGCCUGCGACGCCGGCCGCUUCGCGAACGCGACGGGCGCGGCGACCUGCGACCUCGCGGCGCCGGGCUUCUACGUCGCCGAGGCCGGCGCGGCGGCGCCGGAGCCGUGCCCCGCGGGCACGUUCAGCGCCGGCGCCGCGGCCACAGCCUGCGAGGCCUGCCCCGCGGGCACGUACGCCGCCGGCGCCGGCGCGACGGCCUGCGCGAUCGCGAGCGAGGACACGUAC